AUGGCUAGUGAGGAUAGUUUUCUAGUGCUAGUACACCAUAGAGGAUCGAUUAAGAGAAAAACUCGCCCUGGCGUGAAGUUCACUGAUAAGGAUCCUCUAUGUAUUGUCGUGAGUCCCUCGACCAGCUACGAUGCUCUCGUUAGCUCCGUGUUUGUCAAGCUUGGUCUGGAAGGAGUGAAAAGGGUUAAGAAGUUUUUCUAUCGCAUUCCAACCACGGUUCUCCAUGAUACGGUGAAGUAUGAUUGUUUCACCAUCGGGAGUGACGAGGACUUGCAGGUCAUGUUUCUUUCUCGUAGGCAGUUUCCCGAGGUGAGGACACCAGAACUGUUGGCAAAGUUGGUUGACGUGGUAUCAAACUCGGGUGGGUCGAACCGCAAUGCCAACACUAUAGCCACGGUGGCCGGUUCAAGCUCGAGACCUGCGGUUGCUUCCUCCUCCAUUCCAGUGUAUGAGCCAGCGGUCCAACUUGCCGCCUCCCCAUCGUUUGCUGUUGAUCUCAGCGGCAAUGUUGGAGACGAGGUUGGAUAUGGGGAACAUCUUCCGACCGACGUACGGUGUCCUACACCGGCUGGAGUGGGAGAGGGAUUGUUUGAUGAUGCAGAUGACGAUGAUGUCGAGCGGGAUCUUAUCGCCGAUGAAAGCGGCAAUGAUGUUGGAGCGGGCGAUCCGAUAAGGGCUACUGGUGGAUCUAGUUCUGGCACACAGCAGUAUCCACCCCAUUUUUCAUCUUUGGACCUGGAAGCCAUGAGACAGGAUGAUUAUCCUGGGCAGCUUGCUGGAUUUGGCGCCAGGGAUACAGAAGGGUCCGCCGGUAUGACAGAGUUCCAGGUUGGUCAACAAUUUCAGGACAAAGAUGAGGCGCUGUUGAGUGUGAAGACGUACAGCAUCCGCCGAGGGGUACAGUACAAGGUAGUUGAGUCUGACUAUCGAAGCGCAACAUCAGAUACCACUAACCUCGUCGUUGAUCACCCCGGCGAUAUGAGCAACUCCAUCCAGACGGUAAAGCCUCCCCAGAUCGUCCCCCAUCGCCUGAAUAUGCCGAUCCGGUGA